AUGCCUUUCAGUUUGUUAAACGCUGCCGCACAUUCAGGCGUCCACUUCAGCGGAGCCCCCGGCUUCGUUGCGUCUGCAGCACAUGAAGCUUCACAUCACCAACAGCAAGCAGCACAGAACAGUCUGCUGCCUCUCUUGAGCUCUGCUGUUGAGCCACCCGAUCAGAAGCCGAUCUUACCUUUACCGAUAACUCAGAAACCUCAGCCUGCACCAGAAACGCUAAAAGAUGCUAUUGUGGGAAUUAAAAAGGAGAAACCGAAAACCUCCUUUGUGUGCACGUAUUGCAGCAAGGCUUUCAGGGACAGUUAUCACUUGAGGCGCCACGAAUCCUGCCACACAGGAAUAAAGUUAGUGUCACGGCCAAAGAAAGCUCCUGCCACGAUGGUACCACUUAUCUCUACCAUUGCGGGCGACAACAGCCGGACGUCGCUGGUUUCAACCAUUGCAGGCAUCUUGUCAACAGUCACUACAUCUUCCUCCGCUGCAAACCCAAGCAGUAGCGCUGGUGCCACGGCUAUGCCGGUGACACAGACAGCGAAGAAGCCCAGCAAGCCUGUCAAAAAGAACCACGCCUGCGAGAUGUGUGGCAAGGCCUUCCGUGAUGUCUACCACCUCAAUAGGCAUAAGCUGUCCCACUCGGACGAGAAGCCUUUUGAGUGUCCCAUUUGCAAUCAGCGUUUCAAAAGAAAGGACCGCAUGACCUAUCACGUGAGGUCUCAUGAGGGUGGCAUCACCAAACCCUACACCUGUGGUGUGUGUGGAAAAGGCUUUUCGAGGCCUGAUCAUUUGAGCUGUCAUGUCAAACAUGUUCAUUCCACGGAGAGGCCCUUCAAAUGCCAAACAUGUACGGCUGCCUUUGCCACCAAAGACAGACUGCGGACACACAUGGUGCGCCAUGAAGGAAAGGUGUCGUGUAAUAUCUGUGGUAAACUUCUGAGUGCAGCAUAUAUUACCAGCCACUUAAAGACUCAUGGGCAGAGCCAAAGUAUCAACUGUAAUACCUGCAAACAAGGCAUCAACAAAAAGUUUGGCUUUUUCAAGCAAGAAAAUCUACACCUCCCUGCUUCGUGCAUGAAUGAAGAGAGCAACAACCAGAAGCAGCAGCAGCAACAACAGCAGCAGCAGCAGCAGCAGCCACAGCAGCAUGUUACAAACUGGCCUGGAAAACAGGUCGAGACCCUGAGAUUGUGGGAAGAAGCUGUCAAAGCAAGGAAAAAAGAAAGUCAACAGACUCUGAGGCCAACUUCGGUCAAGCAAGAAUGUCAGUACAACUUUGAGAAGGCUAUAGAGUACGUACCAUUCGAAGCUGCUAACUUAUGCCAAACGUCCACGGCUGCCACAACGCCUGUGACUCUUUCUACUCCUUUCAAUAUUACCUCCUCAGUGGCGUCUGGGACUAUCACCAACCCAGUCACAGUGGCUGCUGCAAUGAACAUGAGAAGCCCAGUCAAUGUGUCGAGCGCGGUUAACAUCUCCAGCCCGAUGAGCUUAGGCCACCCAGUAACAAUAACCAGUCCAUUGUCUAUGACCUCUCCGUUAACGCUCACCACACCUGUCAAUUUACCGACUCCAGUAACUGCUCCGGUGAAUAUAGCACAUCCAGUUACUAUAACCUCGCCCAUGAACCUCCCAACGCCAAUGACGCUAGCCGGUCCGUUAAAUAUAGCGAUGCGACCAGUGGAGAGCAUGCCCUUCCUCCCGCAGGCGUUGCCAACUUCUCCACCCUGGUAAAACAAGCAAACACACAAACCCUUACAGCAGUAUUAAAAAGAGGAAUGAGAAGCAAGUCCUUACCAGCAACUUUUUGUGUUUCGGUUUUCGUUUUGUUUUUUAGUUAAUGAUAAUGAAACCAGACUAAUUCAGCUGGGGCAAAAAAGUGCGCCAGUUUAAAAAGACUUAUUAUAGCAUCCUUGUUUUGUUGGUCGUUACUCUAACACUGGGCAAUUUCAUUUCCUUCCAGUUAUCAGUUGGAGAUGAAAUACCGAGCAGGUGAGAGUUGAACCCGGUGCAUAAGGGGAGGGGGAUGCCGGGUUCCUGUUAGUACUUUGGAAACAGUAAGUGGAGAAAUAUUUUAACCUGAACACUAGAAGGCUGAAAAUAAAGCCUUCCGCAAACACGCAGGGUGGGAGAUGGCUCACCUAGAUUUGCCAGCUCUGUAUCCCUCCAAUUCUAAAAGUAGCAUUGUAGUGUUGUUUUUAAAAAAGUAAAUGCAUUACAUGGUCCUAUUUUUUUAAUGCAUUUCAAAUAAUUAUGCAUUUUACCUUUGGGAAUACGAUGACUUCAGGCCGAAUUCCCUAUGGGAAAAGUGAUACCAGCUCUGAUAUGCAAAGCAUAUGGUAACUUAACAUUCUAACUUCAACAUGUAACAAUGGAGAUUGUGACCUGAUAUUUGGAGAUGUAAAUAACACUCACUAUAUUGCCCAAAGGGAAUAUAACAGCAUAGUCAACAUAUUAAGAAAAAAAAACUGUUAAAUGUUUGGCAAGGAACAGCUGUGAGUGAUGGAAGAGGAGUCGAAAUCCAGGUGAACACGGUCUCUGGUCAGAACCCACUUGGGACUCUUGGAAAGAGCCGACAGCAGGCUUUGAAACAAAUGGGGGGAAAUCGCGUUAUGCUGGAAGACUUUGGAGACACCAGGGGUAUGACGCGUGUAUGCCCUGAUUCUUUCAAUCAGAACCUGCCGACAUCGUGACGUGGAGCAGGUGUUGUUCACUAGAAGUUUUUUGUCUUAUAUUAUAAAAAUGGUAUACAGUUUUUAUUCUAACCACUAAUUAGUUAGGAUGCCCCUUCAGGACAAGCCAAGAGAGUGCAUCUUAUUGUUUGUGUUUCUUUCUCUUUUUUUAAACCCUUUCUUCCCUCUUAAUCAAGUGUUGUGCAGAUCUCCAACUUGUAAAUAUUUGCAAGAAACCAUCAUUUUUACUUUUUAGUUUUUGUUGUGUUAACACAUAGCUAUCAAUGGAAGGGGUGGGCAUGGGGGAGUUCCCACUGGCCUAUCCAAUGCAGGAGAGAUUCCCCUCCCUACCCCCGUGAAUGGUCACACUUUAAGAGACAAACAAAAACGACACAACUCUUAUUCCUUUCAAAUUUUUUAUCUGUACAUAAGGUAGGAUGGGAAAUCUAGGGAAGCAGUUAACUUUUUAGGCUAUCAUGUCAGUCACUUUUUUAAAAAAAAGUUUUUUUUUUUUAAAAGAUCAUACCCUAUAACCAAGACUGAGUUAAGAACUAAUUGGAAGGAGAAAGUGAUCAGACCAAGGGUAUGACAGUGCAGUGGUGGUCAGUAUUUUGAUUCUAGCAGGAUAUCGGUAAGCCUGAGAGGGUCAAAGUCCACUCUUUGUGUUUGUACCCAUCGUGUCAAUGUAAAAACACCGUCUUCUAUACUUCUUGAGGCUAAUGUCUGGAGUUGGGACGGGAGACGGCUGCCCAGGUCCUUAUGUGGAAAUGGUUCUAGGAGCUCAGAUGACAUAGUGAAACGGGGGAAAUAAUAGAGCUUAGUGUAAAAUAAUUUUAUAAAUGAUCUUUUUGUACCUUAGGACAUCAAAUUGUACAACUUUUGUAUAUAUAAAAGCUUAGGAGCUUUCUGUGUAGCAGAAAGAGAACACAUUCCUACACUUUUAAUGUAUAUGUUUGUUAUAAUGUCAUGUAAACAUAUGCCCCAUGUU